AGUAUAAAAGGUGCUGCUGAAAAACAACCUGUAUCAAUCAAUUGAUUGUUACAAACAUGAAGUUACUAUUUUGUGCUCUUGUGAUAGUCUUCACCCAAGGUUUGUUUGCAGCCCCAAACCGAAAGGUGGAUGAAAUUUCAAAAGGGCGAGAUCUUAAGAAAUCACUAGCUGAAAAAUCGAACGAGUCUUACGACUCUACCGAUUUUGAUGAAUUAUAUACUAAUUUGAAGGCGACUAAACCACCAAAGGAUACACCAGAAAAAUCCAAAAAAGGAAAUUCAAAAUCCAGAGGAAGCAAACACUCAAAUUCUCGUUCCGGUUCAGGAUCACACGAGCCAAAUGUGGGUUCUAUUAAAGAUGCAGUAGCUAGAAAUCCGUUUAAAACUACCAAAGCCAACUCUAAGGCUAAGCCGAAAAACAUAUUUGGUUCAAAAUCCAGAGGAAGACAAAACUCCGCCUCUCGAUCAUCCGAACCUAAAGUCGGUUCUAUAGGCAAACUUUUAGGCGCAGUCAACGGUCUUGUCAAAAAUACCGUAGCACCAAUUCGAAACGCACCAAAAUCAAAAAUAAAUCCAAAAACAAGUUCGGACAAUUCCAGAAGACGUAAACCAAGCGACGACUCCGUUGCUGAAUCAAACGAAUCUGCAAAAGGCUCUGAUGACAAACGCAACCAUGAUCAUCGUCAUCACAAGAAUCACCAUCACGACAGCGAGACCAGCACAAGUGAGGAAAUUCCGUUGUGUCAACUUGAAGAUGGACAUGUAGUUCAUCCCAAACCACAUCAUGGUCAUCACGGCCAUCACGGUCACCACGGACAUCAUGACCACGAUAAGCCAGUUGAUGUUCCAGUCGAUGCUCCAGUCGAUGCCCCAGUUGAUGCACCAGUCGAUGCUCCAGUUGAUGCUCCAUGCGAUACACCAGUUGAUGCUCCAGUUGAUGCUCCAGUCGAUGCACCAGUCGAUGCACCAGUCGAUGCUCCAGUAGAUACACCAGUUGAUGAUCCAAUUGAUGCUCCAGUUGAUGCUCCAGUAGAUGCUCCAGUAGAUGCUCCAGUAGAUACACUAGUUGAUGCUCCAGUCGAUGCACCAGUCGAUGCACCAGUCGAUGCUCCAGUAGAUACACCAGUUGACGCUCCAGUUGACGCUCCAGUUGAUGCUCCAGUUGAUGCUCCAGUUGAUGCUCCAGUUGAUGCACCAGUUGAUGCUCCAGUAGAUGCUCCAGUAGAUGCACCAUUAGAUGCACCAGUAGAUGCUCCAGUUGAUGCUCCAGUUGACGCUCCCGUAGAUGCUCCAGUUGAUGCUCCAGUUGAUACUCCAGUAGAUACUCCAGUUGAUGCACCAGUUGAUGCUCCAGUAGAUACUCCAGUUGAUGCACCAGUUGAUGCUCCAGUUGAUGCUCCAGUUGAUGCACCAGUUGAUGCUCCAGUUGAUGCUCCAGUUGAUACACCAGUUGAUGCACCAGUUGACGCUCCAGUUGAUGUACCAGUAGAUGCUCCAGUAGAUACUCCAGUAGAUGCUCCAGUUGAUGCUCCAGUUGAUGCUCCAGUCGACGCUCCAGUUGAUGCACCAGUUGAUGCACCAGUUGAUACACCAGUAGAUGCUCCAGUUGAUGCUCCAGUUGAUGCUCCAGUUGAUACACCAGUAGAUGCUCCAGUUGAUGCUCCAGUUGAUGCUCCAGUUGAUACACCAGUAGAUGCUCCAGUUGAUGCUCCAGUUGAUGCUCCAGUUGAUGCUCCAGUUGAUGCUCCAGUUGAUACUCCAGUAGAUACUCCAGUUGAUGCACCAGUUGAUGCUCCAGUAGAUACUCCAGUUGAUGCUCCAGUUGAUGCACCAGUUGACGCUCCAGUUGAUGCUCCAGUCGACGCUCCAGUUGAUGCACCAGUUGAUGCACCAGUUGAUGCACCAGUUGAUACACCAGUAGAUGCUCCAGUUGAUGCUCCAGUUGAUGCUCCAGUUGAUACACCAGUAGAUGCUCCAGUUGAUGCUCCAGUUGAUGCUCCAGUUGAUACACCAGUAGAUGCUCCAGUUGAUGCUCCAGUUGAUGCUCCAGUUGAUGCUCCAGUUGAUGCUCCAGUUGAUACUCCAGUAGAUACUCCAGUUGAUGCACCAGUUGAUGCUCCAGUAGAUACUCCAGUUGAUGCUCCAGUUGAUGCACCAGUUGACGCUCCAGUAGAUACACCAGUUGAUGCUCCAGUCGAUGCACCAGUCGAUGCUCCAGUAGAUACAUCAGUUGACGCUCCAGUUGACGCUCCAGUUGAUGCUCCAGUUGAUGCUCCAGUUGAUGCACCAGUUGAUGCUCCAGUAGAUGCUCCAGUAGAUGCACCAUUUGAUGCUCCAGUUGAUGCUCCAGUUGAUGCACCAGUUGAUGCUCCAGUUGAUACACCAGUUGAUGCACCAGUUGACGCUCCAGUUGAUGUACCAGUAGAUGCUCCAGUAGAUACUCCAGUAGAUGCUCCAGUUGAUGCUCCAGUUGAUGCUCCAGUUGAUGCUCCAGUCGAUGCACCAAUCCCUCCAAUUGAUCUACCAAUAGAUCUACCAAUUGACCUUCCAAUUGAUAAUUCCGAAUCAAAUGAAAGUGGAGAACGACCACAUAAUUCCGGAUCAAAUGAAAGUGGAGAACGACCACACAAACCACAUAAUUCCAGAUCAAAUGAAAGUGAAGAACGACCACACAAACCACAUAAUUCCGGAUCAAAUGAAAGUGGAGACUCCAACGAAACACCAUGUGAUGGUCCAGUCGACGCUCCAGUUGAUGCACCAGUUGAUGCACCAGUUGAUACACCAGUAGAUGCUCCAGUUGAUGCUCCAGUUGAUGCUCCAGUUGAUACACCAGUAGAUGCUCCAGUUGAUGCUCCAGUUGAUGCUCCAGUUGAUACACCAGUAGAUGCUCCAGUUGAUGCUCCAGUUGAUGCUCCAGUUGAUACACCAGUAGAUGCGCCAGUAGAUGCACCAGUAGAUGCUCCAGAUACACCAGUAGAUGCUCCAGUUGAUGCUCCAGUUGAUACUCCAGUAGAUACUCCAGUUGAUGCACCAGUUGAUGCUCCAGUAGAUACUCCAGUUGAUGCUCCAGUUGAUGCACCAGUUGACGUUCCAGUUGAUGCUCCAGUUGAUGAUCCAAUUGAUGCUCCAGUUGAUGCUCCAGUAGAUGCUCCAGUAGAUGCUCCAGUAGAUACACCAGUUGAUGCUCCAGUCGAUGCACCAGUCGAUGCUCCAGUAGAUACACCAGUUGACGCUCCAGUUGACGCUCCAGUUGAUGCUCCAGUUGAUGCUCCAGUUGAUGCACCAGUUGAUGCACCAGUAGAUGCUCCAGUUGAUGCUCCAGUUGACGCUCCCGUAGAUGCUCCAGUUGAUGCUCCAGUUGAUGCUCCAGUUGAUGCUCCAGUUGAUACUCCAGUAGAUACUCCAGUUGAUGCACCAGUUGAUGCUCCAGUAGAUACUCCAGUUGAUGCACCAGUUGAUGCUCCAGUUGAUGCACCAGUUGAUGCUCCAGUUGAUGCUCCAGUUGAUACACCAGUUGAUGCACCAGUUGACGCUCCAGUUGAUGUACCAGUAGAUGCUCCAGUAGAUACUCCAGUAGAUGCUCCAGUUGAUGCUCCAGUUGAUGCUCCAGUUGAUGCUCCAGUCGAUGCAUCAAUCCCUCCAAUUGAUCUACCAAUAGAUCUACCAAUUGACCUUCCAAUUGAUAAUUCCGAAUCAAAUGAAAGUGGAGAACGACCACAUAAUUCCGGAUCAAAGGAAAGUGGAGAACGACCACACAAACCACAUAAUUCCGGAUCAAAUGAAAGUGAAGAACGACCGCACAAACCACAUAAUUCCGGAUCAAAUGAAAGUGGAGACUCCAACGAAACACCAUUAGAUACUCCAGUUGAUGCACCAGUUGAUGCACCAGUUGAUGCUUCAGUUGAUGCACCAGUUGAUGCUCCAGUUGAUGCUCCAGUUGAUGCUCCUGUUGAUGCUCCAGUCGAUGCUCCAGUAGAUACUCCAGUUGAUGCUCCAGUUGAUGCACCAGUUGACGCUCCAGUUGAUGCUCCAGUUGAUGCUCCAGUUGAUGCACCAGUUGAUGCUCCAGUUGAUGCACCAGUAGAUGCUCCAGUUGAUGCUCCAGUUGAUGCUCCAGUUGAUGCUCCAGUAGAUGCUCCAGUAGAUGCUCCAGUAGAUGCUCCAGUAGAUACACCAGUUGAUGCUCCAGUCGAUGCACCAGUCGAUGCUCCAGUAGAUGCACCAGUUGACGCUCCAGUUGAUGCUCCAGUUGAUGCACCAGUUGAUACUCCAGUUGAUGCUCCAGUUGAUGCACCAGUUGACGCUCCAGUUGAUGCUCCAGUUGAUGCUCCAGUUGAUGCUCCAGUAGAUACUCCAGUUGAUGCACCAGUUGAUGCACCAGUAGAUGCUCCAGUAGAUGCUCCAGUUGAUACACCAGUUGACGCACCAGUCGAUGCUCCAGUUGAUACUCCAGUUGAUGCUCCAGUCGAUGCACCAAUAUCUCCAAUUGAUCUACCAAUAGAUCUACCAAUUGAUCUUCCAAUUGAUCUUAAUAACUCUGAAUCACGCGAAAGUGGAGAACGACCACACAGACCUCAUCAUUCCGGAUCAAAUGAACAUGGAGAACGACCACACAAACCACAUAAUUCCGGAUCAAAUGAAAGUGGAGAACGACCACAUAAUUCCGGAUCAAAUGAAAGUGGAGAACGACCACAUAAUUCCGGAUCAAAUGAAAGUGGAGAACGACCACACAAACCACAUAAUUCCGGAUCAAAUGAAAGUGGAGACUCCAACGAAACACCAUGUGAUGUAGAUACUCCAGUUGAUGCACCAGUAGAUGCUCCAGUUGAUGCUCCAGUUGAUGCUCCAGUUGAUGCACCAGUUGAUGCUCCAGUUGAUGCUCCAGUUGAUGCUCCAGUUGACGUUCCAGUUGAUGCUCCAGUUGAUGCUCCAGUGGAUACUCCAGUUGAUGCACCAGUUGAUGCUCCAGUUGAUGCACCAGUUGAUGCUCCAGUUGAUGCACCAGUUGAUGCUCCAGUUGAUGCACCAGUUGAUGCACCAGUUGAUGCUCCAGUAGAUGCUCCAGUUGAUGCUCCAGUUGAUGCACCAGUAGAUGCUCCAGUUGAUGCUCCAGUAGAUGCUCCAGUAGAUGCACCAGUUGAUACACCAGUUGAUGCUCCAGUUGAUGCUCCAGUAGAUACACCAGUUGAUGCUCCAGUCGAUGCACCAGUCGAUGCUCCAGUAGAUACACCAGUUGACGCUCCAGUUGAUGCACCAGUUGAUGCACCAGUUGAUGCUCCAGUAGAUGCUCCAGAUGCACCAGUAGAUGCUCCAGUUGAUGCACCAGUUGAUGCACCAGUUGAUGCUCCAGUAGAUGCUCCAGAUGCACCAGUAGAUGCUCCAGUUGAUGCACCAGUUGAUGCACCAGUUGAUGCACCAGUUGAUGCACCAGUUGACGCUCCAGUUGAUGCUCCAGUAGAUGCUCCAGUUGACGCUCCAGUUGAUGCACCAAUUACUGAGGAUGAAUGCCGAGAAUCGCAAGUGCCAACAUUACCAGUCAAACAAUUCGGUCAUGGCAAAGAACUCAUUUGCACCUGCUCUUGUAAAGCAUUUGAUGAACUAAGCAGUGCAGUUAUUGCCACGCUUGCAGCCAGACCUAUAUUUGUAUCUUCUGGAAUUCCACAUGUUGGUGAUCCGAAAUUAGAUUGCAGUUGCAAUUGCGUACCUGCGCAGGAAUGCAACUGAUGACAUGAAGUAGCGGUUAACUUGUGAAAGUUUGUAAUAAAUGUUUGACAUUUAUAUGAAAA